AUUCUUUAAAGUUUCUUCUGUCAUUUGAAAAAAAAAAUUUAAUUUAAUUUCUUUCAUUUCACUUUCUGUAGCGAAAUCAUUUUCUAAUUCGUACGAAUUAUGCAGGUGAAAAGAAUUCCAUCGGAAACUUCGGCGCUGAGCACCGGACGCUCCGAAGAGGACUUGCAGCCGACGAACUACAAUUGGUUACGUUUCAAAUGGCUGUUCUGGAAGGAUUGUUUUAUGCAUUGGAAUACACGUUGGGAAUUUCUUUUUGCGCUGUUUAUGCCGAGUUUGUGUGCGCUCAUCGUGAUCAUACUACGUUUUAAUAUCUCAGCUGAGCAUAUAACCGCUAUGCCGUUUAAGAUCGAAAAUCUGGAGCAAAAUUGGGGACGUCUCUUGGACAUCAUUGCGGGACGUCAAAGUGCAGUUGAGAAAUUUUUGGGCACUCCUUCAUAUAAUGUGUACGCACCACGUAUUAUGAUCGCUUAUGCGCCAGAUUUUGAGGCAAUCGUGAAUAUUAUGGCGUUGACUACCGACCUUUCCUUAAACCCUGAUCAAUAUAUUCGUUUCAAAACGUGUGCAGAACUGCGUGAGAAGAUGACAACUGAAUACUAUUUGGCCGGGAUUUGCUUUCGUGAAGAUGUCUUUAAUAUUGAAUCGGAAUCCAUAUAUAAAAUUGGUCUAUAUCCGAAUAGAUUGGAAUAUCAAAUAAUUUUCCCCAGCGAAUUGCGUUUAUAUAAGGGAUAUAUCGGCGAAACUUGGGACACCAGAUAUUUAUUUCCGAAUGUGAAGAAGCACGAGCGUCACAUGGGUUUUGUGCCGUAUAUAGGAGAAGGCUUUAUUAUGUUGCAGAAAACUAUCUCCGAAGCUUAUAUAAAUUUAACUUGCAACAAAUCACUUACGGAGGAAUUAUUUUUGCGACGUUUUCCAAUAGCCGAACAUUAUUACGAUCCACUUUCCGAGGGUUUGGAGCAACGCUUAUCGUUGGUGUUGGCUGUGGCGUAUAUUUGUACAAUGCUGUAUUUGCUGAGGAUUCUAAUCAAUGAACGUGAGGCGCAAUUGCAUUCGCUGUUGGCCAUUUUCGAUGUGACAUACUUCAUACAAUUCUACAGCUGGUUCGUCUUCUCACUCAUUUCGAUUUCCAUUGGCACCAUUUUGUUGCUGAUCAUAUUGAAGAUUCCUUGGAACCAUGGCUUCGGUGUCUUCCAUAGAUCUUCAUUUACUUGCUUAUUUGCGCUAUUCACCGCCUUUAAUAUAAAUACACUGAGUUACUGCUAUAUGAUAUUUAAAGUGUUCCGCAACUCGGAUAUGGCAAUUUGUGCCGCGCCCAUUAUCUGGAUCAUGUUGUAUGCACCCUUUGCCAUUGGUAAUCAAACCUCACCCUUGAGUGAAAUGUUACAUCCUUACAUCUCCUUACUUGGCAAUACCGCGUUCGCAUUGGCAUUGCAACACUUAUUUCGUCUACAAUCGGACGAUGGUUUGAAUUGGUCCAAUUUCUUUCGCACCGGUUGGCAAUCGGAGCAUUAUAGCAUUGGAUCGUAUGCUUUGAUAAUGUGUGGCACCAGCAUAAUUCAAGCUUUAGUUGGCAUAUUCGCACCGAUUAUUGGACGCACGUUCACUAAGCUAACCAAACCAUUUAGCCGGAAAACGGAACGUGUUCGUCUUAGCACGGACAGCAAUCGUUUUUCGAAAACCAUUAUUUUUGAGGUUAGAGCAAAUUACAAAGCACCCGCGAUUGAUGUGGUGGCACUCACAGUGCAAAUCGGCUAUUCAAUUGUUUUGGAGGACCUUUCAUUCAGUUUGUAUGAGGAUGAAAUCACUAUGUUGAUGGGUCAUAACGGUAGUGGCAAAACUACUUUACUCGAAGUUAUAGCCGGUUUUAAGCGACCGACAUCGGGCAAAAUUGACUUUAAGGGCGAUACGCUGAGUAAAGAAUAUGGCAGUCCACGCGAUUUUAUUGGCAUCUGUUUUAGCGAUUCACUGCUCUUUUGUAAUCUGUACGUGAAACAUCAACUGAUGCUAUUCGGCCGAUUGAAGGGUAUAAAUCCAAUUGAUCUGAACAAAGAAGUAAAUAAGUACUUGAGUGCGCUAGAGCUUGAAGACGAACAGUAUACACUCACCGAACAGCUAACAUGUGGUCAAAGAACCAGACUGGCUGUCGCGUGUGCGCUCAUCGGUGGUAGUAGGGUCGUGCUGCUGGACGAUGUUGUGCUGAAAUUGGAUGUGCGUGAUUAUAAACUUAUUUGGAAAUUAUUGGAACGUGAGAAGUUCGGACGCGUCAUAAUGGUCUCGACGAACUUGAGUCGGGAGCCGGAAGUGCAUGCUGACAAUAUCAUUAUGUUGUCUCAAGGACGUUUGAGUUGUGCCGGAACAGCGCAGUUUCUGAAGACCAUGUAUUGCUUUGGCUGUCAUUUGCUUAUAUCCAAGUCUGAGGAAUGUAAGUCAGAAAAAGUUACACAACUUUUGAGCAAAUACAUACCAGAUAUUGUCGCAUCCUGUGAUCUAGUGCUGGAAUUAUCAUAUCACAUUGAAUCCUCCAACGUUGAGGUGCUCGAAACGGUUAUCAAGGCUUUGGAAAACGCUAAAGAGGAGUUGGCGAUUGUAAAUAUAACAAUAAUUGAGACACCAGUUGAAGAGCUAUUUUGUAAGCUGGGCGCCGAACUGCCCGCUUACGAUGAUCGCCGACGUUACUAUAGAAUUUUCAAUGGUCAGAGCAUUGUUGCCAUUGACUUUGAUGACGAUGCACUUUUCAUGUCCGCCAAGAUAAAAUAUAAUGCGAAUGUCGUGGAGCGUUUAUUCAAUCAGUGGAGUGCAGUGUUUUACAAACUGCUCAUUAUUCAAAGUACAUAUUUCGUAUUGGCCGUCAUAGUUUUACCAUUAUUUGGCUUGUUCUUUUGUGGCAUCAUUAUGAUUCCUCAUUUGCGAGUGGUGCCGAAAAUGGAUAACGAUAUUAAUGACUACAAAGACAGUAUAACGCUGCUGAGUGUUCCCGAGCAGCCCGAGAGUGGCAUGCAAUCGUUUGUUGAGACCUACAAUCGAUAUAUGUAUUGGCGCAAUAGUAAUAUCAAGAUAAAGAAUAUUAAACAUGAAUUCAUCAAUGAUUAUAUUUUGAAGCUCGAACGCGAAAAGCAAGAGACUCAUUUGAAUGUGCAUACGAUUCUUGGUUUGUCAGUGCGCAAUCAUGUGGUCGGUUGGUUUAAUGGUUACAUACCGAGUGUCGCACCGAUUCUGCUAGACAUUCUACACAAUGUGUACCUUUGGGAUGUGCUAAACACGACCAAUGCUAAAAUAAAUGUUUCAUUAGAUUUGCUGCCAACCGAAGGUAAUGUGAACCUGCGUGAGAUAACUCAAAUGCAUUUCAAUAUGGGCAGCCGUGUGGCUUUACAUUUGGCGCUUCUGAUAUGUUACUUGUUAGCCGUAAGAUCCAUUAAUUUGGUAUCGGAACGCGAGUCUGGAUUUGAAAGCUUGCAGCGUUUGGCUGGUUUGAGUGGCAUUAAUUAUUGGAUAUCUAUAUUUAUAUUUGAUGUCAUCAGAUUCGCCAUUCUUUUUUCAAUUUUCACCUUCAUGUCAUGGGCUAUAUUGCCGACAGCAAAUGCGCCACCUAUAGUUUUUCGCUGGUGCUUCGGCAUGACAUUUUUGGCGAGUAUUGCUGUGGUUAUGACAAACUAUCUGCUCAGCGCACUCUUCUUCAAAAACAGUUUCGGCGCAUAUUUGAAAAUGACAUCACUACAUGCUAUCGGCAUCGUUUUCUUCAUCGUUUUUUCCAGAGAUUUUAAACCUUAUGCGGAUAAACUGUACCCGCUACCACGUAUAUUUCCGUUGUACUCAUUUUGCCGAGCUAUUGAGAACUUAUACGAAUACAAUAUACUACAUCAAGUAUGCAAUAUAGACAACAUAAAAACGGCUUCUGUGGUUUUGGGACAUUGCCAAAGGAUUCCUGACUGUUGUGAACCACCAAAAAUAUCGGUGAAUGAUGAUUUGUUUUACUUAUGGGUGAUUAUUGCUGUCUGUUGGUUCGGUUUAUUUAUUUACGAGUAUCGAAGUUGUUUCCAGGUCAACAUACCAUUUGACAAUUAUGAACGUGCGUUGGAUGAAUACAAACGACGACACGCUAGUGACGCUGAAGAGGCGGACAACGUUACAGCCGAAGCCAUACAUGUGCAGACAUUGCGUCCACGUUUGCGCUAUUAUUAUACUGUUAUAUGUGAGAAUUUGGGUUAUUUUUGGAAGGGGAAAAUUUUAGUGGACCGACUCUCUUUCACUAUCAAACCCGGUGAAAAGUUCGGCAUCGUCGGCACUAACUGUAAUUAUACGAAUUCAUUGCUAAGGCUCAUCGCUGGUCAGUAUAAGCCAAGCUUUGGACGUGUCUGCAUCAAUAGCGUACAAAUGACGGAAGAACGCAAGAAAGCACUCGCAAAUAUCGGUUAUGUGCCCACGGUUGCUUUCGUACAACCGCAGAUGACUUGCUAUCAGGUUUUGAAAAUAUUUUGUAUAUUAUAUGGCUAUCCGCGACACGAAAUCAAUGAUAUACUUGAAGAUUUCACCAAACAUUUCGGUUUGCACUCACAUUAUCACAUGCGUUUGACCGAGUGCAGUUCGGGUAUAAGAGAGCGAAUUUCCUAUGCCUUAGCGAUCUUAAAGAAACCCGCACUCUUGUGUAUCGGUAAUUUUAGUUGGAGCGUGGAUCCGCAUGGCCGACGUCAACUUUAUCGGCUGAUAGAUGGUUUGCGUAAACGCGGCACAGCUAUAGCGAUUACAUCCGUUAUGAAUUCGUAUACCGAGAUACUUUGCACGAAGAUAGGGGUCAUGCACGAGGGACGGCUGUUGCAUAUCGGCGCGCCUGAGCAAAUCGCCAAUGAGAUAGUCGGUUGUUAUUCGGUUUCGAUGCGUAUGAAGAAACAGGUGCAUACACCGCACGGCGUUACGCUGAAGGUGUACUUUCGCUUGACGGCUUUUAUGGAGAAAACAUUCCCCUAUUCGAGGCUGGUGCAAGAGGGUACAGUUAUGCAAUAUGUCAUCCCUCAUCAGAGCACCACAUUGGCUAUUAUAUUUAGGACGUUGCGCUUGAAUUCAUUCCAGUUGAAUAUCGAGAGUCUCUCGAUUACUACCCUUAAUAUGAAUUAUAUCUUCGAGCAAAUAACGGAGGAGGCUAUUAAAGCAUCGAAGAAGUAUUAAAGGCAUCUUUCGUAGUUGUGUUACAUGCUUGUGUGUUUAAUCACACUUCCGUGUUAAUUAUUUAGUUCUCUUUGAAUUCUCUGUUUGUUCUAUUAAUCUAUGAAGUUCUGAUAACAUAUAUGUAUGUAAUUGUUUGUUACUUUAAAUAUAGCCUUGUUGUGUUCAUUAACUGUCAAUUUC